AAAUUGAACAAUACUGCACGGAUUCACGUACCCUCUUCGAGAUCUUGACGGUUAUCUCUAUCUCAAUCUCACAAAUCUAGCCCUGAAAAGACAUCGACUCAACAUGUCCGAAAUUAACCCUGCCUUUGUGCUCCACUCUGUCAAGAAUGUCUCAUUUGAGAACCGCAAAGUACCAGAACUUCGCGAUGAACAUGACGUCCGAGUUCACAUCGAGCAGACAGGUAUCUGCGGCAGUGACGUGCACUACUGGCAGCGAGGCCGGAUCGGUGACUUCAUCCUAGAAUCGCCCAUCGUUCUGGGGCAUGAAAGUUCAGGGACUAUCGUUGAGGUUGGAAGCAAAGUCAAGAACGUCAAAGUUGGCGAUCGAGUGGCGAUAGAGCCAGGUGUUCCAUGUCGGCACUGUGAUUAUUGCCGAGCUGGCUUAUAUAACCUAUGCGCAGAUACAGUCUUUGCAGCAACGCCUCCCUGGGACGGCACGCUGCAGAAGUACUACAUUGUCGCCAGUGACUACACUUACCCGAUCCCUGAGCACAUGUCCUCCGAAGAUGGUGCUUUGGUAGAGCCAGUUGCCGUCGCCGUCCAAAUUUGCAAGGUGGCGGAGCUGAAGGGUGGCCAGACGGUUCUCGUGUUUGGCUGCGGACCCAUUGGUGUCUUGUGUCAGGCUGUUGCCAAGGCGUAUGGGGCAGCCAAAGUCAUUGGCGUUGAUGUAUCCGAGUCUCGAGCUCAGUUUGCGAGGGAAUUUGCUGCUGACGACGUCUACGUCUCGAAGAAGUUGCCCGACGCUCCCGAGGAUCCCGUCGAUGCUGCCCGCGCUAUUGGAGAGAAGAUUGUCAGGGACUAUGGUCUCGGGGAAGGGGCUGAUGCUGUUCUGGAGUGUACCGGUGCGGAGCAGUGCAUCCAGGCUGGCGUGUUCGCCGCGAAGAAGGGCGGGACGUUUGUUCAAGCCGGAAUGGGGAAAGAGAACAUCGUAUUUCCCAUCACAACAGCUUGUAUCCGAGCUUUGACUAUCAAAGGGUCGAUCCGGUAUCAGACAGGAUGUUAUCCCGAGGCUGUCAAUCUCGUUGCCAGCGGAAAGGUUCACCCUAGGAAGUUGAUCACGCAUCGCUACAAAUUUGAGGAAGCUCUCAAGGCGUUUGAGGUCGUAAGACAGGCCAAAGAGAACACUCUCAAGGUAGUUAUAGAAGGUGUACCUAAGUAAUGGACAUGCCGUUUUAAUGGGUAGCAACGAGAAUAAUGAUUAAAUAUUCGCGUAAACCUCUCAAGAGUCUUGUGGACGUUUACUUGACCUUAUUUAAAGGAGGAAAGCUUCAAUCACGUU